UCUCUACUUGUCAAAUCAAAGCUCGAGAUUCUUCAUCAUCAUCAUGGCUGCGAGUCUAGCAUGCAACACCGUAGUUCAACCGAAGACGGUUGCUUCUAAAACCCUAGCAAGUCGUCGCGUUCUCUCAAGAAUUUCUUCUCCUGCAAGAACUCUUAAUGGAUCAUUGGUAUCUACAUCUCAAAAGAAAGGUUUUUGCGUCUCUAGACUAUGUGCUGUGCCUGGGACUGUGAAUGCUGAUGUUUCGUUUGAAGAUAAGAAGAUCGAGAAUCCGAUUGUUGUCAUUGAUAAUUACGACAGUUUCACUUACAAUCUUUGUCAGUAUAUGGGAGAGCUGGGUUGCAACUUUGAGGUAUACCGAAAUGAUGAACUUACCGUAGAGGAGUUGAAGAAGAAAAAUCCAAGAGGAGUGCUUAUAUCCCCAGGACCAGGUGCACCUCAAGAUUCAGGGAUAUCAUUACAAACUGUUUUGGAGCUUGGACCUACAGUACCUUUAUUUGGUGUUUGUAUGGGAUUACAGUGCAUUGGGGAAGCUUUUGGGGGAAAGAUUGUGCGCGCUCCUUUUGGUGUAAUGCAUGGGAAAAGUUCUCUUGUACAUUAUGAUGAAAAGGGGGAAGCUGGUCUGUUCUUGGGAUUGUCCAACCCUUUUACUGCUGGUAGAUAUCAUAGUCUUGUGAUCGAAAAUGAGAGUUUUCCUAGUGAUGAACUUGAGAUUACAGCAUGGACAGAGGAUGGAUUGAUUAUGGCUGCUCGUCACAAAAAGUAUAAGCAUCUUCAGGGAGUCCAGUUCCAUCCUGAAAGCAUCAUAACGACAGAAGGUAAAACCAUCGUUCGAAAUUUUGUCAGAAUGAUUGAGAGAAUUGAGGGUAAAAAUCCAAGAUAGUCAACCCCUCGUUCUCACAGCUCUAUCAACAGCAGUGCAAGGUGACAAUGGUGAUAAAUAUUGAUA